AUGAACCUUUUACUACUCACACAUGCAAGUUAUCGAAGAUUGGAGUCAGUGGGCGUUCGUGAGAUCGUGAUUCAAUCCAGUUUGAGACAAAUUGCGCACCAUGAACAACCUCCAAUGCUAUUUUGCAGAUCACUUCACGGGUUCAAAGACGGACCAAAGGACGUCGAACCUGGUCGAGUUCGUUUUACACUACCAAAAUUCAAAUUCACUAGGAAAGAGGUGAGAGGGGCUGCAGCACCUUUUGAGAGAGAAAUCAAAGGGUUUGUGGCUUCUCGUGCAGAGAGGGAGGAGCGAACAAAUCUGUUGGGUAAGAAAAAUGAGAGAAAUUAUAAGCUUACACAUUGUGAUACAACUGUGGGUGUUGCACACGAUGCUUUCAACACGUUCUUUAGCGAGACUGGAUCAGGAAAGCACGUACCCAGGGCUAUAUUUGUUGAUCUUGAACCUACUGUCAUUGAUGAAGUCAGGACGGGUAGUUAUCGCCAGCUUUUCCACCCUGAACAGCUUAUAUCCGGAAAGGAAGAUGCCGCCAAUAAUUUCGCUAGAGGCCAUUAUACUGUUGGCAAGGAGAUUGUUGAUCUGUGCCUGGACAGAGUGAGAAAGUUGGCCGAUAACUGCACGGGCUUGCAAGGUUUUCUGGUCUUUAAUGCUGUGGGUGGUGGUACGGGAUCCGGGUUGGGUUCGUUGCUCCUCGAGAGAUUGUCUGUAGAUUACGGGAAAAAGUCAAAGCUCGGUUUCACCAUUUACCCAUCUCCCCAGGUGUCAACAGCAGUCGUGGAGCCGUACAACAGCGUCCUCUCGACCCACUCCCUUCUUGAGCACACAGACGUGUCGAUCCUUUUAGACAACGAGGCUAUUUACGACAUUUGCCGCAGGUCAUUAGAUAUCGAGCGCCCCACCUACACUAACCUCAACCGCCUCAUCUCCCAAAUCAUAUCCUCACUAACUACCUCUUUAAGGUUCGAUGGCGCCAUUAACGUGGACAUAACCGAAUUCCAGACGAACCUCGUCCCUUAUCCUCGUAUCCACUUCAUGCUCUCGUCUUAUGCCCCCGUGAUAUCAUCCGCCAAAGCAUAUCACGAACAGCUGUCAAUUCCUGAGAUCACGAAUGCAGUUUUCGAGCCUUCGAGCAUGAUGGCUAAAUGCGACCCGAGGCACGGGAAAUACAUGGCGUGUUGCCUCAUGUACCGUGGGGAUGUUGUCCCGAAAGAUGUUAAUUCGGCUGUGGCCACCAUUAAGACAAAGAGGACAGUCCAGUUUGUUGAUUGGUGUCCUACGGGAUUUAAAUGUGGAAUAAACUAUCAAGCUCCAACAGUGGUGCCUGGUGGGGAUUUGGCUAAGGUGCAGAGGGCCGUUUGCAUGAUCAGCAAUAAUACGGCUGUGGCAGAAGUGUUUUCGCGUAUAGACCACAAAUUCGAUCUCAUGUAUGCCAAACGGGCCUUUGUUCAUUGGUAUGUGGGUGAGGGAAUGGAGGAAGGUGAGUUUAGCGAAGCCCGUGAGGAUCUUGCUGCUCUUGAGAAGGAUUAUGAAGAAGUUGGUGCUGAUGGUGUGGAGGAUGAUGAGGAUGAUGAAGCCCAAGACUAUUGAAUUUGAAAUUUAAUUGAAUUGAAUUAAUGACCAAAAAUCACCAUUUCUCUUUACUAUAUGUUUUCUUUUAGAUUAUUGCGUUCCUUGUGUUUUAACCCCCUUUUUUUCUAAGUUUUUGGUGGAUUUAUCUGCGUUUGUGUGUGGAUUUGGAGUUUAUAGGUGAAGUUGUGUCAAGAGAAGUUAUGUUAUACAACUCUGUAGCAUUCAUUUGUCCACUAGACAUUUUCGAUUAUAAAUUAUAGAUUCUCUGCUGAGAUCAA